AUGAACAAUGUACAUACAUUACAAAAUACUAAAUCCGAUACAUUACAAAAAGGAUAUCGGCUUGGAAGUGUACGUGAAGAAGAACUUGAAGAAAAAUUAUAUCAUACUCUUAAAUCCAAGGCUGAGAUUAAGGAAUGUAACAAAAAAUUGCUGGAUAAAUAUUCCGAUCAAGAGAAAAGUUUCAAACAGGAAAGAAAGGCUUGGUCUCUAGAAAGAAAAGAUUUAAAUCGUGAAUUAACACAAAAUAAUAAUAAACUCCAGAACUUACAUACUCAAACUUUGGAAGUUACCAAUAUCGCUAAGCAAUUACGAAGUGAAAAUACUAAUCUAAUUUCUAGGAAUACUCAGAAGGAUCGUUAUCUUGCGGAUUCUAAAGCCGAAAUUAUUGCAAAGACGAAUGAAAUAAUAUUGCUUCAGGGGAGAAUAAAGUCACUGAACGGUAAGUUAGAUUUAUCCCAAAAAAAAAUAGAAGAGGCGAAUUAUCUCCAAUCUAGAAUAAGGUUAUUGAAAGAGGAAUUAUUUUCAGCCCAGAAUGAUUCAUCUCUGAUAAAAUCCGAGUUUUUGUCUCUCAAAUCUAAAUUAGCUGAAUUAGAUCAAACAAAAGAUGAAUUGGUGCAAACAAAAGAUGAAUUGGUACAAACAAAAGAUGAAUUAUAUUUAAAAAUCGGUGAGGUGGAACGAUUAAAAUCAGAUAAAUCAAUUGCUGGGGGGUAUGAGCCUCAAGAAAACGUUUCUAAAGUAUCUAAUAUUCCAGUUGAUAAUAAAUCUAGUUUAGAUACAGAAUAUCCUGCUCUAGAAAAAAGUCUUCGUAAAUAUUUACGUAAAGAUAUUCUAGAAAAAAAUAGCAAAGCUAACACGACUAAAAUGCCAGAAGUAAACUCAGAACGAUUCAAUUUAAUAGAUGAUACCGAUUCUUCAUGUAAAGAUGAUACAUUACAAAAUAUCGAGCCAAUGAGGAAUAUGAAUCCUGAAGGAAAUGUAACUCCGCAAGUUGCAAAAAAGAUAGACGUUCCCAGUGGAAAUAUUCACAAUUCCUCUUUGGAUAAAUCGAAUUCCGGGCUUUCAGUGGGAGGAACAGAAGCAAUUCCUGCUAUGACAAGCGUCUUAGGUUUACCAAAAACGGUAUGGCUAUUGCUUGUUUUGUUUAUUAUUAUUGUUGUAUGGGUUAAAUCUAUAUGGAAAGCAAAGAAAAAAAAUAAAAACCGGGAUUAUACGAAUACAUUUUUAUUUGAUUGA